GAACUGUUAUUAGAUUUGUGGUUGUUUGUUAUGCGCUUUGUAGCUUGUCAAUAAUUUUCAUGAUUGAAUUGAUAGAGGGUUGUUGUGACAUAAAUUUUGUGCCUUUUCAUAUAAUAAAAUCUGGGAUGGUGGAUCCUAUGUCGCCUAUAUGGUGGUUGAUACUCUCUGAAACUAAAUAUAAUUUAAAGUUUGGAACUGAAAAACAAUGUUUUUGGGGACUUUGCAUAUGGUCAUAUGUGUUUGAUGCAUUGUAACUUUGAAAUUAACAAAAUCUGGACUUGGAGCUUUUGUUUUUGUGGAUACAUGUUUCCUAAAUAGGAUCUCUCUCAGCAAUUGUUGAUUCAAUUUCGUUGAAUCAUUGAAUUUGGUUAUAUAGUGUAGUCAGACUUGCCUUUUCUGGUGGUUUUGUUUCUAGUUUGUAGUUUCUUUUCAUGGUUGUAUAGACUGAAAGUAUCUCAUUGCCUAUAUGAAAUGAUAUGAUUUGGGAUGGCCUAUAUAUUCUGGUUGCUUGCAAAUUCAAUUUGCCUGGUCUUCGAGUUAAUGUUGGGUUAGACUGUAUUAGAUUGUUUGCCAAUAGCUGCUUGGGGCAAGACUUGUAACAGUCUAGGGUAAACAGAUUUCCAAGAAAUGAUCUCUGUGACUUGACUUACUUCAUGCUCAUAGGUUCUGUAAAACUAAAUCAAUUUUGUGGGAUGGUUGCCAUGGUAUUAGUAUCACAAACUUGUAUAGAUACAGAAGGAGAUUUCUGAAUACAUCUAUUUGGUGGAUUAUCAUGCUAAAUUGGUAGCUCUCACAAACUUGGCCGAAUAUUCAUUUUCUGGAAUCUGUACAGUUAUUUGGUAGAUAUUAAAAAAACUGGGGCAUUUUAGGUUAUGGUUUUUCUUACAUCUGUUCUCUGGCUUUGGAGUCUGAGGCUUCGGUUAUCUGUUAAUCUCGAGGCUAGUGCUGAGAGCCCGACUUCCACAGUUCCACUCCUUAGGUUUAUACAUUCUGUGGUUCAUUUUGGAGGUUGCUCUACAAUGUUGUAUACAAUCCUGAAAGUAUUCUUCUAAGUUUCCUCAAUGCAAGAGAUAAGGAGCUCCUAUUGUUGGCUUAGGAGGCUGAGGAGAAAUGAAGGACUAUUGAAGCCUUAGAUCGAAUUAUGAGCAAGAACAAUUUUGCAAAGAUCAAAAAAUCAUUCACGAAUCAGGAGAUGCUGCUGAGGAAGAAACUUUUGAGAGGCUGCAGCAGGAGCAGAAUGUGAAGGUGAAGAGUCACAUGUCCAUCCUUCAAAGUUGCUGUCUACCAUGGCCAACAAAGUGGUUAUUUGUUUCAAAUACAGAAAUUGCGAUCUUGUGUUAUCACAUACAUAAAUGAUGGUCAAGCUUGCAAGAGUGCUCAUGGUUUGAUGAAGAGGUCUAUAAGCAAUGAUGAAAUUUCGAUUUGGACUCUGCAUUGAUUGUCAUAGAGAUAAGCAGCGCUGUUGGUUCAAAGACUAAGGAGAAACAAUGGGCUAUUCAGAAGGCCGUGUAGGUUCCGAAUUCACUUUCUUUGAAUUAGUUCAUCAACCAAACAUGGGUUACUGCGGGGCUAGACCGUAGUUGAAUUUUCUCUCUCGUUAAUAGAUUGGGAUUGUAAUCAAGCAAAACUUUUGCUAUUCUAUUGCCUUAUCAGCAGUACGUUCUCAAAUUAUGAGAACAUGUAUGUUCUCAUAUUUCUGCCUAGUUUUGAAAGAUAUCCGUGAUCAUAGUAGAUCAACAAAGUCUUAACUUUUCUGAAAUGUUAUAGAUAUAUCAUAUAUGCAGUAGCCAAACUGAAUCAUGUUCUGCCUUAAUAUAAGAAUAUGUAGAAUGUUUAGUUAUGAAUACUGUGCGUUUGUUUUUCUCUGAAUGAAGUUCGAUCAUGCAUGUUUGCCCAUAAAACAGAAUGAAUGUUUAAUAGCAUGCCUAUUACUUUUGUUACAUUUUUUUUGGAUGGGUGGAUGAAAUGAUGGAUAAAGCAGGUUUGUCUUAAAGUUGUUGGUCAGAUUUGGCUAAGAUCAUCAAUUUAUAAUGCAGUACUUACCCCUUGAUUCAAUUCCUGGUUCCACCUCUAACAGUAAGAUACGGAAUUCUCUGCCAAACAGGGAGUAGGAGCUAAACGGUAUGGGCUUAGCCUAAUGUAACGAGGAAAGAGCAAAAGAGUCUUAUUCCUGGUUGCAAAGGGUUGUGUUUUCCUAAUCUCAAGUGGAUCAGGAAAGAGCAAAAGUGUCUGAUUCCUGGUUGCAAGCGGUUAAUGCUUUCCUAAUGCUAAGAGGAUGGAGGAGUGUUAUUCUUAUGAAUAAAGUCCGCGAAGCUGAGGUUCCUUUAAACAGAACUAACUGGAAGAAAGUUUCCUCAUUGAUAAAUUACUAUAGCAAGAUGGAGUUCAUGAUUAAAACUGUAUUAGUUUGCGGUUGCUUAGUGUUUGGUGGUGUGGUGAUUAAGAGACUAUUCCGUCACAAGCCCUGCUGGGAGACACUACCUGACGAUAUCAUGGAGGUUAUUGUGCCACACCUGAGUGUACGUGAUCGUAUACGCUUAAGCCUAGUUUGCAAGCCAUGGAGCUCAGUUCCUAUGUGCAAAGACAUCCCUAGUUCUCCUCACAAACUCCCCUGGUUAGUACUCCCUCAACCUGAAUCUCAAGCUCUAACUUGCAAUGAUACCUCCUUAAGCUUUUACGACCUCCAUGACGGCAAAUUUGUUAAGUUGGAGCUGCCUGAACCUGUUCGUGGAGCGUGGUUUCGAGGGUCUUCGAAAGGUUGGUUGAUUAUGAUUAAGGAAAGUGAACAAAACACUACAACAUUUCUGGUAAAUCCAAUUUCAGGAGUCCAACACCAACUUCCAUCCUUGAGAACUAUUCCGUCUUUCCAGAAGUUUGUAGAAACGAAGAAAUGGAAACGAUAUGGUGCCUUUGCUUUCUUCAACUGCCUUGUGCUAUCUACCUCAGAUAUUCAUUCCGAUGAAUGUGUGGUAGCAGCUGCUCUUGGGUGUGCCAAUGAUAUAUUGGGUUUGUGCAGACCUGGAGACAAAGAAUGGAAUAUCUUUCGGUUAUUAGAUGCAGAUGAAGCUUUGACUGAUGUACUGUUUUGUUCUGGCAAGCUAUACGCCUUGGUUGUGAGUAAUAAUAAGUCCGGCGUUGUUUCAACUGCUCGUACGUUGAAUUUUGGAGAUCAUUCGGUGGAAUUGAAAUUAAUCUAUAACGCAAAUAUAAACUUCCAUACUAACUCUGAAUAUCAUGGUAACUAUGAGAUCUACGUACAAGGCUAUGUUGACUCAUAUUUGAUAGAGUCUGCAACCAAUAAGGAAGUAUUGUUGAUCCACCAAAGGUUAGAUGUAUUUUCGAGCAUAGGUGACAACAACAACGGAGAGAAUGGUGGUGGCGGCAACCAUGAGGAAGAGGAAGAGGAAGUGGAAGUGGAAGUCGAAGGCAAUGACGGUGGUGAUGACGCCAAUGAGGAAUGGAACAACUUGGGAGGAAAUGGUGGUGAUAUAGGUGACUGGGCCAUCAAUAUUGUUGAGGAAGAUGAUCAUUAUCUACGUACAUAUUUGAGGACAAGUGGUUUUGAUGUAUACAGGAUUGAUCCACAGAAUGACAAUUUCGAAAUGGUACAAAGUUUGGGGGACAAGCUAUUAUUUUUGUCAAACGCUGGUUCAUUUUCCCUCCGGGCAAGUGAUAUCAAAAUCAAAGACUUCAGAGGGAAUUGCAUUUGUUUUGCAACAAAUAAUUUCAUGAGUUUACAUUCUUUAGAAACAUAUACCUGUCGGGAGAUUGGUGUAUUUGACUUGAAUGCAAGAAGAAUGCGGCGACCUUUCCCGAGUGUAGAGGUGUCAAAUCGGUCUCAACUCUGUUGGUUCACUCCAAUGUUAUAAUGCUAGAGAGCCGCCCUUCGUAUUCUUGUUGCCCUUUAUUUUAAUUUAAUUUUUUU